AUGGGGUGUGUGUUUGGGAAAGAGGCUUCACAGAGGAGGAAAGAGGAUGUGGAAGUUGCUAAGGUAGAGGAGGUUAAGUGUGAGGUUCAAAUUCAAAAUGGUGAGAGUGAGAAAGAGGGUGGAGGGGAGGAGGAGGGGAAGAGGAGGAGACAAAGAGAAAGGAGGGAGAGGAGACGAUCUUUGAAGCCGAAUCCGAGAUUGAGUAAUCCACCUAACUAUAUACAUGGUGAGCAAGUGGCUGCAGGGUGGCCUUCUUGGCUCUCCAAGGUUGCUGGUGAAGCCAUACAUGGAUUGAUGCCUCGAAGGGCCGACAGUUUUCACAAGAUCGAUAAGAUUGGACAAGGUACAUAUAGCAAUGUUUACAAAGCUAAGGAUACUUUAACUGGGAAAAUUGUUGCGCUAAAGAAGGUCCGUUUCGACAAUUUAGAGCCAGAGAGUGUGAAAUUCAUGGCCAGAGAAAUUCUGAUUCUGCGUCGUCUUGACCAUCCCAAUGUUGUAAAACUAGAAGGUUUGGUGACUUCUAGGAUGUCAUGUAGUUUAUAUCUUGUCUUUCAAUACAUGGAGCAUGAUUUGGCUGGACUCUCUACAAGCCCUGAUAUUAAGUUUACGGUGUCUCAGAUUAAAUGCUACAUGCAUCAGCUAUUGUCUGGACUGGAACACUGUCACAACCGUAAUGUGCUGCAUCGUGAUAUAAAGGGAUCGAACCUUCUCGUUGAUAAUGAGGGAGUUCUUAGGAUUGCUGAUUUUGGAUUGGCUUCCUUCUUUGAUCCUAAUCACAAGCAACCUAUGACUAGUAGGGUGGUUACUUUAUGGUAUCGAUCUCCUGAACUUCUUCUAGGAGCCACCGAUUAUGAUGUAGGCGUGGACCUGUGGAGUGCUGGCUGUAUCCUUGCUGAAUUGUUGGCUGGAAGGCCUAUUAUGCCUGGUCGAACCGAGGUGGAACAGCUGCAUAACAUAUUUAAGCUAUGCGGUUCUCCUUCCGAAGAAUAUUGGAGAAGGGCAAAGCUACCUCAUGCUACCAUUUUUAAGCCACGACAAUCAUAUAAGCGGUGCAUCGUAGAGAAGUUCGAAGAAUUCCCGAUAUCAUCAUUGCCAUUAAUUGAAACCCUUCUAGCAAUCGAUCCAGCAGAACGUCAAACUGCCACUGCUGCAUUGCACAGCGAAUUCUUUACAACACAGCCUUAUGCUUGUGAACCCUCUAACCUUCCGAAAUAUCCUCCCAGUAAGGAGAUGGACACAAAGCUAAGGGAUGAAGAAGCUAGAAGAUUACGAGCCGCUAGCAAAGGUAAUGCUGCUGGCAGUAAGAAGUCGCGUCUGCGUGAUCGAAGUGGGAGGGGAAUCGCAGUUCCAGAGGUCAAUGCUGAGCUGCAAGAAAAUAUUGAUAGAUGGAGACUGAUAACGCGCGCAAACGCGAAGAGCAAGAGUGAUAAGUUUCCUCCGCCUCAUCAAGAUGGAACUUUAGGCUAUCCUCUGAGUUCUUCAUAUCACAUUGAACCAGUUUUUGAUCCUCCUGAUGUUCCAUUCAGUUCCACAGACUUCUCAUAUCAUAAAGCAAGUAUUCAGACCUGGUCCGGCCCAUUGAUGGAACCGAGGAUGAGUGCGCCGAGGAGAAAAAAGAACAAGGCAGGUGACCAGCACAUGAGAUCCAAGUCAUCAAAAAGAAACAUAAAUAGAUAG